CCCAGAAUACUUUGUGAAUCACACUCACAUUUCUAGAUCAUGGAGAAUGACGUGGAUUGUUUUUGAACUGCCAAAAACCUGCCUUAAAAUUGGAUUUAAAGUCUCAAAUUUCGCAGGUGACAUGCUUGCAACUAUAGCAUUUUGAUGUAUGUGUUGUGUGGGCAUUAAUUAGCCGAAUGGCCAUGGAGCUUCAAACACACGAAAACGGCAACAUGGAGGGUACGCAGAAAGAUGCGAAUAGUCAGGUGCCUUCUCCGAUGGAGACUCCGCCCAGAGGUUUGGCAACUCCAGAGGAAGCGGUUAAUGCCGACGGUGACCAGCAACCAGCGAAGAGCAGGUUUACAUCCCACCAGAUAGCCACCAUUGUGGGCACCAUUUUGGCCGCGCUUACUAACAUGAUGGCUUACUCGGUCAUCACGGUGUUCUACCCUAUUGAGGCAAAGAAAAGGGGAAUAUCACAGACAGUUAUUGGGAUGGUGUUCAGCGUAUUUUCCUUGUCAUACAGCAUAGGAUCGCCCCUAAUAGGCAAAAUGAUACCAAUCAUUGGUGCCCGUUUCGCGUUUCUCGCCGGUUCGUUUAUCACGGGAGGAUGUAACAUUCUGUUCGGGUUUAUUAUCGACAUGCCCACAAUCGCUACCUUCACUGGGUUCAGUUUCGCCAUUCGCAUUUUAGAGGGGCUCGGCUCGGCUGCUGUGCUGACGGCAUCAGCGGCCAUCGUAGCUUCUGUAUGCCCUGACGAUGUUGGCAAGGCUGUGAGUCUGGUUGAGACGACUGUCGGCUUUUCUUUCGCAAUAGGGCCAGCAGUAGGCGGCUUGCUGUAUCACGUUGCAGGAUUUAGAAUUCCUUUCUUCGUCCUUGGUGGUCUCGUCCUGUCGACCGUUGUCGUCAAUUACUUCUUGAUGCCUAAUCAAGGGAAGGAGGCUGAGGAGUCUGGUUCUGUGAGACGAGUGCUGAGCAUACCUGCCGUCUGGGUCGCUUUAUUCGCAAACUUCGUUGGUUUUGCAGCCACCGCAUCCCUGGAGCCGACUCUGGCAAUUUUUUUGGACGAGCUUAAUUUUAGUGUGAUGGCGAUAAGUCUGCUCUUUGUUAGCUUGGGUUUGGGCUACGGCUUAUUCGCAGUGAUCUGGGGUGUCAUUGCGGACGCAAAGAAAUGCACUAGAAUACUGAUUGUAGUAGGUGCAUCCGGCAGCGGUGGACUGUUUCUGCUGUUAGGGCUACCGCAGAUUUUGCACUUGCCUGUGACUGGGGCACUUCCCGGCGUUACCAUACCCAUCGCAGCCGCAACGUUUUCCAUGUUGGCUACUCCAACGUUUGUAGACAUGUUACGUUCUUCAGAGUGGUAUGGCAUACCGAGUGGAUUAGGUUUGACUGCCGUUAUAUCUGGCCUUUGGAACAGUUCGGCCGCACUUGGCUCAUUGGCGGGCCCGUUGCUAGGGGGCGUCAUCACAGAGUAUUACGGGUUCGGCUAUUCGAUUAUGACCAUCGCUUGUACCUCUUUCGCUGUUUUGAUCAUCACGUGUCUUUUUGGCAUCUGGGAGUUUCGAUGCGGAAAAGGGAAGCGGGAACCACGCGAGGCUUUUUCUUCGGAGGACAACUCGAAUGAUCAGGAGAUGAGACUACUGUCUUCAAAGUAGAUUGACAAUUGGUGGUAUAACUGUAUAUUGCCAUCUUGCUGCAAUGUCCAGCGUAACUGGAAUGUUUUGUUUCUUUUCAUUACAUAAUUUUAUGGUCGAGCUUAUUUGAGAGCCAAUUGGACUUCCAAAUAUGGUUGUGCCCAAACUUGGGAGAAGACAUGGAUUCAGGAAUGAUUAUAAGCUCGUCUGACAGGGGUAGUAACAUCACACGCUUUAAUCGCCCGGUCAUAAACAACUGUAUUAUUUAAAUAACUAGCGGGGUGGAGUCAUACACACUGUACUAAUGUUUACCUUGACCUCAAUUUGCAUGUUGACUGCAAGUGGGCGUGGUUUCAAAAUAUGAUAAAAUAAAUGAGAUAAAAUGUUAUCCCCGGGAUAAAAAAAUGAAAAAAAAAAAAAAAUUGAAAAAAAAAAAAAUUAAGCUGUGGUUGGCAACAUAGGUUGCUAAAAUUGUAUAGUUAACAUCCUCAUUAUGUAAGAAAGAGGCAUUUUGAUCAAGUUUUUGAUGGCAUUUGUUGGUUAUUUUGCAUUUUCAUACAUCCAAUGAUAUGUUUGGAAACAUUAUAAGAACCAUUUUUGCAGCGUUGACCUUUCAAAGUGUGCCACACCAUGGUUGGUAUAAAACAGGGCCAACCACAGGUUGUGGCACAGAAAGUGCUACAACUUUCAAGGCUGAAGUUUCUUAAUCUAUAGGCUGAACUUUAUAAACAUUUAAAGGCUUGAGCUCGAACUGUAAAUUGAAUGGAAGUGCGAUUUGAACCUACGACGUUUAGAUGUCCAUACCAGUGCUCCACUGACUGACUAUCUUGUCAGAAACCUGAUAGCUCAUUGGUAGAGCACCAUUACGAGGGUGUAGAUAGCAGGUUCAAGUCCCAACCCAGUCAAUGUCUUUGUUAAACCUCAUAGACUUUGGGAAUUGUCACUGCUCUGUUUCUGGAAGAAGAUUAAUACCCGGCUCGUCCUCGAGACAGGUCCCUUUUGUGCUGAAAACAAGGAAAAUACAAUUCCAUCAAAAGUGUUUUUAAAAAUGUGUAAGUAAGACAAAAAAUAACAACCACGAUUAGUAACCUGUCCAGUGCAGAACAUUGUUAAUUUGCUUAGAAUUGGAUGGAAAUAACAGUAAUAAAUGUCUAUGUUCAGUUUUAAAAAGUGUAUCUCCUGCUAAAAAAGGUACAUGUCGGUUUAUAUCACAUCUUGUACAGUCUGUCUAGUUUAAAAACAAAAGAAAUAGUUUCGUGAGUGUGGUGCCUCAUGAGGGGCGGGGCAAGGAUGGCUUCUUGGUGGGAUGUCAACAAAAAGAUUGAUACCUACUUUAAGAAGUUGUGAAUAUAGUUUCUGCUGCAAUUUGACCAGCCCAGCUCGGCAUAGUUGUCCUGCAUGUAAGUGUGACCGGCCAGACUUAAAUUCCUAUAAUUAUGCUGCCAGGUCCCUUCUGUAAAAUAUUUCUUUGUGGAUGUCUUAUAUUUUUAGCAUAAACGAGCGAUGCAAAAGUUGUCGAAGCAUUGCGAGCGCCCUCUUAUGUUUUCCAUUGAAUAUAGCAUACUGAGUUGCGUAAUUAAUUUGCAUAGGCAUGCAGCGCGAAAAACCUUUUAUUCCGUGCAGUGUUGCAAAAGCAUAAAGCUUCGGACACACAUUCCUUGAAUUUUUCGCUAGUUUUCUUGGAGAGUAAGCAAGCAUGGGUAGGUCACUUGACUGCUUGUCGUCGCUGCUGCCAGCCACACCUUAUUGCGAGCCAGCUUCAUUGAAUUUUGCUGUGUUUCAUACGUGGUUUUGCCACGGUUAGCACGCCGCAUGUGCAUACACAUAUCGUGUACAUGCAUAUCGUGUAGUUUGCCCAAAAAUCCGCAAUAAUAUUGCGUUAUUUUCCGAUGCUAUUGCGUCUUUCGCAAUUUUAUUACAUUACAUCGUAAUAUAUAAUGAAUAAUUAGUCAUUCCAAAGAUUUUGUUUCCAUCACAAAGUAGCAAUCCAGUUGCACAAAUCUCUCAAAUAUCGCUUGCAAUGAGCAUAGCCAAAACCAUGCCCAGUUAAGCCGACGCCGAAGCUCUGUUUUAAGUACAAUUUUGCAUUAGGUGUUUAUUUUUUUAAUGAGUAAACAAAACAUUCUUUGAAAUUAUUGAUUUAAUAAUGAAACAUGAUAUCCCGCUAAUAACACUUUCAACGCGUCUUCAUCAUCAUCAUCAUCUAGCGGUCAAAACCAAAAUCUGGUUCACCUCGCCAGGCCAGGUGUCUUUAUCCCUCAUUAUCCCCCCAUUCAACAUAAUUAUAAUCCACUGCGACUGCGCACUUUUUGUGGACAACUCAAUUCACCGCCAAAUCAGGCAAACGUGGAAAAGGUAGGUGUUUGGCCUUGUGAUGAUAAUCAAAAUGUAUGGAAUGAUCAAUUACUCAUUUUCAACAUUAUUAAGAACCAUUUAUGCACUAACAUCUUUAACAUACCCCUUUUAGCGCACUGUCUGCAGCAACAGUGCGUACAUCCGACGGCUUAACUCACCACUUAAAUUAAGCAAUAUUGAAACGGGUGUUUUUUGAACGCAGUUUAUGUAUCAAUGAAAAGCUAAAGAACUGCUCUUUAAGAUUGAGACACAUUGACACAUUUCAAGUUCAUUACUUUUAUAUAUCAGCCCAUUGUUUUUAGAUUACCUUUUUUAUACACGGGUAUGUAUCGGGAAAAAAAGCUAAUUCAGGAAAAAUUUGCCAUGUCUAUACCACAACCUAUUACAACGAAACAAAUUAGACAAAGGUAUUUGCGGUGAAACCUCUAUUCUUAUUCACAAAAUGUUCAAAACCUUUUCAUCUCUAACCCCCUGUCUAUUGCUCCAUGAGCAAAGGCUUUAUUGUCAACGCGGCAGUGUGUCAACUAAAUAUAGAUUUUUCCGGCCAAGUUAGCAGAUUUGGCGGCCAAAUUUGCGACCAAUCACCCAUUUUCGCACGAAUUUGUAUGCAC